UAUGGCGAUGGCGAUCGCCUCCAGCAGCAGCAUUCGCGAGGGCGAUGUGGUGAUCGUCUACGAGCGCCACGAUCGGAUGAAGGCUGUGACGGUGCGCAAGGGCGGUGAGCUCCAGAACAGAUUCGGCGUGUUCCGGCACGACGAUUGGAUCGGCAAGCCAUUUGGGAGCCGCGUGGUGGACAAGAAGAAGGGCAGCGGCUUUGUCUAUCUCCUGGCGCCAUCGCCAGUGCUGUGGACGCUGGUUCUCAGCCAUAGGACGCAGAUCUUGUACCUCGCGGACAUUAGCUUCGUUAUUUGCGGGCUGGAGCUCCGGCCUGGUUGUGUGGUGCUGGAAUCGGGCACUGGGAGUGGAUCGCUCACCACUUCUCUUGCCAGGGCCGUCGCUCCCUCUGGUCACGUCCAUACUUUCGAUUUUCACGAACCUCGAGCUUCUCUCGCAAGGAAGGACUUUGAGAACAAUCGCAUCAACAACGUGACCGUUGGUGUUCGAGAUAUCCAGGGGCAGGGGUUUCCGGAAGAGCUUACAGACAAAGCCAACGCAGUUUUCCUCGACUUGCCGCAGCCAUGGCUGGCGGUUGAAUCGGUGCUAAUCUGUCUCCGGCCCAAUGCUUCGUGCUGCUCCUUUUCUCCGUGCAUCGAACAAGUGCAAAGAACUUGCGAGGCAUUCAGGAAGUACAACUUUGUGGACAUUCGAACGUUCGAGGUCCUGUUGAGAUCAUACGAGAUUCGUAAGGAGUUCCUCACCGACAUCUCGGUUAACAACGGCGAAGUUGAGGAUGCAUCGUUACCUCCACAAAAGAGAAGGCGCUCGGACUCGUCUGAGAAGCCGAGGCCGGACGGUGGUGAUGCUCCCAACCCAAGCAUUGGCGCGGUCAUGGCAAGGCCUUACGCUGAAACCAAGGGACACACUGGCUUUCUCACAUUUGCUCGCUGCCAAGUCUGAGUGGAAACGAACGCGAGCGAUCCCUCGACUUCUCACACAAUUUCCAAAAAUCCCAAAAAAAAUAACACUUUUUCAUGUUAUUGCUGCCGCUGCGAUCUUGUCGUCGUACAAAUGAUACAAGGUUGGAUUACAAGGUGAUACAAAUGAUAUUAGAUGAAACAAGAUUUUGGACCAUGCUGUGAGAAGAGAGAUUUAUAAAUUUUUCAUCAAAAUGUCGCUUUGGCCGAGUGGUUAAGGCGUGUGCCUGCUAAGUACAUGGGGUUUCCCCGCGAGAGUUCGAAUCUCUCAGGCGACG